CUGAUCUGCGGAAGACGUCACAAGAAGAAUAACAACAAGAUCAAGAACAAGAUCAUCGUCAUUGUUGCCUUGUUUACCUUUGUCACAGUGCUCCUCCUCCUGCUGUCCGUGUGUAUGUGUGUCUGUGUGUGCGUGUGAGCCUGCCUGUGUGUGUGUGCGUGUGUGUGUGCGUGUGUCUUUUGAAGGCACCUCUCAGGCCGCUGCUGUCUCCUCUGCCUGGAAGGAAGGAGAACAAUUCGUGACAAAUAAAGGAAGGAAGGAAGGAAGGAAAGAAAGGAAAGAAAGGAAGGAAGGAAGGAAGUUGAGUCUCGCCAGCGUCUCGUAAACUGUUGCUUGCUUCACCUAGCAAUUGUGAACCACCAAGCAAAAACCAAGCCAUCCUAUUGGUCAACAGGGGAUCACCAUCAGCCCUCCCAUUGGCCCAGAGCUUUGUGGAUUGUGAUUGGACGGCUGGCUGGCUGACGUGACCUGACCUCAACCGAGCCAACAUGAUUUACGUUUUCCUCGUUGACACUGGCACCAUGAUGACCUUUGACAUGAACCUGGCACUAGAGAGUGUUGAGGUGUUGAAAGGUGCAAUACACAAUGCUGUCAAGGUGCCCCCAGACAAACAGGUGCUGCUGGCCUCUGGGGGUGAAACACUGGACUCCUGCAAGCGGGUGUGUCAUUACUCGGCCGGCACAGACACGUCCCCCAUCUUUCUGUUCUCCAAGAUGGCCAUUGAGGGAGCGGCUCCACCAACCCCCUCUGUGCAGCCUGGCGGGGACGGCGACCUCAGGGCACAGGUGGAAGGGUGUCUCAACAUGCCAGCCACCUACAACACCGUGGUGGCGCGGACACAGUUAGCACAGCAGUUUUACGAGCACGCUAGUGAGGUCACCAGAACGUGUCGCCAACUUGUUCACGACCAGCAUCUGCAGCAACAAGGCUGGGCAGCAGUGGUGGCCAACUUGGAGGACAUUGUGGCGGCCUUCAGGGCAAGACAUGACGCAUUCCAGCAAAAUUUUGUGGAGUAUCUCAGUGGCCGGGAGGAGAAGGUCGCCCUGCUUCAGUCUUUUGAAGAGGACCUGAAGCUACUGGCAAGGAUUCCAGUCUUCCCUGAACUCUUGGGGAAGACACAAGAGGAAGAGGAAGAGGAAGAAGCUGGGAAGAAGAGGAGGACAAGCACAGCACAGAAGAAAGAGGAGGAGGAAGAGAAGGAAGAGGAGGAGAAGGAGGAGGAGGAAGAGGAGGAAGAGCAGGAGGAGGAGAAAAGAGGAGGAGAAGGAGGAGGAGGAGAAGGAGGAAAAAGAGAAAUGAGGCAAGUGUCGCUGCUGGACUGGAUCAGCGCCAAGGACAGCCAAAGUGACGUCAGACAGAUUGCCCAACUCUGCUGCAGGGGACUGGCCCAGAUCAGUGAGGGGCUGCUGGAACAAGUGGGGCAAGAGGUCAGCGCUGUGCUUCGAGAGGCAGACCGGCCACAGAUGAAGGAGGUGAAGGGGCUUGGUGAGCGUUUGUGCGGCCUGGAGCAGCUCAUGCAUGAUGCCGCCUACGUGGUGCAGGAGCAGAGCAAUUUCUCACAGGCUCUGCUGAAGAACCAGGACAGGGCAGGGAAGGUGAAUGACCCAUCUAUAUUCCCUGACCUCUGCACUUCACACCGCAAGAAUUUGAUGCACAUGUUGAAAAACCAUCAAAAGCUGCAAGACAUCAAAAGGAGAUGCAUCAAGGCAAAGGAAGAGCUGUCGGAGAAUUUGCACGUUAGAUUGAAGUGGAUAAUGUAUAUAGAGAGGCGCCUGUACGAGGCUGACACGCGCGUCUCCAUGCAUCAAGAGAGUGUUCGGCGCCUGGCUGGACUCCUGCAGGUGGUGGAGCAGAUUCACCGCGCCCCGAGGGUCUAUGCCGCAGCCGUCACGGAGGUGGCUCGCCGGCACGCCUUCUCCAGGGCCUUCCUGCAGUGGGCAUCUGAGCUGAGCAGCCAGAGUGGAGAGGUGUGGAGGCGCGAGGUGGAGGCAAGAAGAGGCUUUUCCCAAGACUUCUCCACCCACUUCCUAGCCUCUCUCUUUCCUGGUAUGGAAGAUCUGCCCCCUAAUUUUGCAACCUCUCUACCAUCCCAGUUUGACAUGGCUCUCCCUAAGGUUACCAAAGAAAACAUAGAUGAACUGAGAAGACUGCUGCCGGAACUUUCUCACUGUUUGGUCAUUGGUGAGGUUCUGGCGGUUCCUCCUCUGCUUCGCCAUUUCACAGCCGCUCUCAAUACACAGGAGGAGAGGAGGAGGAGGAGGAGGAGGAGGAUGAAGAAGAACGAGGACCAGGAAGACAAGGAGCAGGAGGAGGAGGAGGAGGAGAAAGAGGAGGAGGAGGAAAAGGAAGGCUCUAGGAGAUUACAAGAAAAGACAAGCACACAAGAUUAUGAGGUGGGUUCCCAGCCUCUGAUUGGCCAGCUCUCAGCCAAUCAAGAGAGAGACUUUAUGGCCUUGCAGGUGAAGGUGGAGGGCAGUUCCUACCUGUCGUAUGUGUCUCAGGUGUCGUCGUCAAUCUUGGACUUGAUCUUCCAGCACUGCCACAAGCAACACGAGGGCAGUGCAACAAGCCAGGAGGUCUACAUGUCGCAGGCCCUGUACAUAACACACCUGCCUGCUUCCACCUGCUUCCACCUGCUUCCACCUGUCAUUCCCAUCCAUACACCUGUCCAUGCUGUUCUUCAUGAUCCUGCUAAUGUCACUCUUGUCAUGUCCCCUGUGCCACUUGAAGACCCCCACCAGACCCCCUCUUAG